AUGUACAUUCCAAAAAAAUAUCAGGAGGAGGAGUGGGAUCAGGUUGAGUAUCUCAUAAAGAAAUACCCCUUAGCCACCAUUAUCACCACAACAGACGACAAUGAGAUCAUAGCGAACCAUAUACCGUUAUACUUGAAGGUGGAUGCAUUCGGUGAGAGGAAAUUGAUUGCACAUAUCGCCAAAGCCAACCAUCAGAUACCAUCAUUAACAUCCAACGGCAACGUAUUGGUUAUCUUCCAGUCGACAAACUCAUACAUUACCCCCAAUUAUUACCCUACUAAAGGCGAGACCCACAAGGUAGUUCCAACUUGGGAUUUCGCCAGUGCACACAUUCACGGAUCUUCCAAGAUUAUUGACGACUUCCAAUUUGUUCGAGACCAACUCAACGCCUUGACUAACCAAGAAGAAGGAAAGAAGGACCAAAAUGCAACAAAGUGGCAAGUCAACGAAGCACCGGAAAAUUAUCUAAACAUUAUGCAAAAGGCAAUAACGGGACUAGAGAUUAAAAUAGAUUCAUUUCAAUGCAAGUACAAGUUUGAGCAAGGUGCAAAGAAACCAGAUGUUUCUGGAGUGAUCAAAGGAUUAGCCAAUGAUGGCAAACAAGAGAUGUCAGAUUUGACCAUCGAUGCAAAUCAAAGAGCAGAUGAGAGAAAAGCAAAGCCACAGAAGGUUGAUUAG